CACAACGUGGAAGUUCUUGGAAUCCUUUCUGAUGAUGUAGAAACUGAUUCAGUAGCCCCAGGUGAAAAUCUGAAGAUCAGACUGAAAGGAAUUGAAGAGGAAGAGAUCCUUCCAGGAUUUAUUCUCUGUGAUCUCAACAAUCUGUGUCAUUCUGGACGCACGUUUGAUGCCCAGAUAGUGAUAAUUGAGCACAAAUCCAUUAUCUGCCCAGGUUAUAAUGCUGUGCUGCACAUUCACACCUGUAUUGAAGAAGUUGAGAUAACAGCCUUAAUCUGCUUGGUAGACAAAAAAACAGGAGAAAAAAGUAAGACACGGCCCCGUUUUGUGAAACAAGAUCAAGUAUGCAUUGCCCGUUUAAGGACAGCAGGAACUAUCUGCCUUGAGACAUUCAAAGAUUUCCCUCAGAUGGGUCGCUUUACCUUAAGGGAUGAGGGUAAGACCAUUGCAAUUGGAAAAGUUCUGAAACUGGUUCCAGAGAAGGACUAAGCAUUUUUCUCAAUGACCCCGCACAAUACUGUGAGGAAAAUCGACUCUGCAAAAGCCUACUUCACACCGCCUUCUUAUUUUCUGCCCAUUGAUAAACUUCCCCCCAUAUUUUGCAAAGACAAAUUUCACAGCAAAGGUCCACAUUAUGUCAGCUUUCUCAUAUUGAGAGCUCUGCUAUGCCACUGUUGAAUUUUCCCAAAAAAGAAUUUUUUUUUCUCCCAAAUUCUGCUUCCUUGGAAAGAUUCGGCAAUAGCUUUGUAAGUGAUGUGGACAUAAUUGCCUAUAAUUAUGAAAAUCUAAAGGAUUUUUAAUGUUUAAUUUCCCCCAGCGUAUAUAUUAAGACCUCUUUUUCCAGGCAGAUCAUUCAGAGUGUGCGAGUGUGUGUGCACAUGUUACAAAGAUGACUACCAUGUUAAUAAACUAUUCAAUUUGAAAUCUUUUUCGGUAUUUGAAUUGCUUUUGAAUAAUGUUUUUUAUCCGGAUGUAACGCAGUUGCAUUAGCUUUUUAACUUCCCAGUAACCUAGAUCUUCGGUUACUUGGACUUUUCUAAACUUCUCAGCCUCCCCACACACACAGUUUUAAAUGAGGCAAUUGGGCACUCAACCACGUUUGUAUUAAAAGAAUUAGGUUUGCCCCUUCCCUUUGUUGAACGCAUUCUUAAACUUAAAACUAUUCAUGCAAAUGUGGCACCUUCAUCAGCUUUACGUUUGUUAAUAUCUUCAGCAAAUUUAGGUUGACUUAACAUCAUUACUAGACACAGUUAAGUCAAUUUUGAAGGUUAGAACUAUGUACUGUGUCGUUAUAAAAAAUCAACAUUAUUAAAUUCCUAACUGCAGAAAUGCUAACAACCAGUAAAUCAGUGAAACUUGCAAAAAUAAGAGAGUCUGUGGCAAUAGUGCCUAUUAGUAUUUAUAAGAGCUUCACUUUGUGGGAGAACUGGGCCAAUUAAAAAGUGCCAGUUAUAAAUUACUCAGUUCACCCUGGCUUUAAUUUAGAGGGCUGGAUAAUCCUCGCUGUUUUAAAGAUCAGUCUGAACUGAGAGGGAGAAAGACUAUUUAAAUCCCUAAGAGUUUGCACAUACUGAAAUAUGGGAGGGUCAGAAUCAAGCACAGUCUGUAAAUUUUUGCAUAUCAAAAAGCAAUGUAAGCUUCUGAGGACCAGUGAAGUUUUUCUUGAGAAAUCGGAGCAAAACUGGUUCAAAAUAAAGCUUACUCAGUGCAACUUGAAGGAGCUGCAUAAUAAAAUCCUGUUUAGCUGCACUUUGAAAGUGGACUGUCUACAAUUGCUGUCCUAAUUCUAACAAUUAGGAUGAAGGCUAAUGGAUCUUUUGGGGUUUGGUUUUUUUUUUUCCCAUUUCCCAGAGUAUUGGUAGUAAGUAUUUAAAGGUAUCUUCAGAGCUUCUUCAGGAUGUCCCAAACGAAACAUUUUCAGUUGUACAAUUGUGGCAAGCCCAUCUCCACCCCCAAAAGUUUACAGUCUAGUGACUGUAUCUGAAUUCACAGAUAACCCAAAACUGAACCCAGUUUACCUUUUGGGUUGUUUUGGUUUUUGUGGUUUUUUGGGUUGUUGGUUUGGUUUUUUUUUUGGGGGGUUUGUUUUUUUUUUGUUUGUUUUUUGUUUGUUUGUUUCUUUGUAACUGUGGAACUCCCAUUCAUUUCACUUACAGCUACAUUGUAUGGACAGAAGAAGUUAUUGUCCUUCAGUUUCAUAUGACUACACUUGUAGCUACCGUAAUGCAUGGAAUUUAAAUAAAUUUUAUUAUGCCUGCAAA